AUGUUGUACAGUCACGUAACGCUGCUUAUGCUGCGCGUGGUGGACGUGAUCGCGAAGACGACCGUACAACAGUCUGCCAGGAUGCUUGUCGCCGAAAUUCCUGGAGAAAUUCAGAUUGGAGCCUUAUUCCCGCUACAUCGACAAGUGGCCGGUUCAGAAUCUUGUGGUCAAAUUUGGGAGCAGUACGGUAUCCAACGUACCGAAAUUGCACUACACACUGUGCGCGAGCUGCAGGACCAGUUGCCUUUUCGACUUGGCAUCUCAGUGAGGGAUUCGUGCUGGACAGAACGGAUUGCGAUGGAGCAGACGAUAGCGUUUCUUCGCGAGGGAGUGGCGCAGUGCAACUGCUGUCAGACGCCCGGCUGCAACAAGAAGAGCGUGCCAGUGGUUGCAAUAGUCGGACCUGCGAAAAGCUCAGCUACCAUCGCAGUACAGAAUCUUCUACAGGUGUUUCGUAUUCCUCAGGUCGGCUACUCGGCUACCACACCCGAUCUAUCCGACAAAGAACAGUUUGGUUACUUCAUGCGUGUGGUUCCGUCAGACGUUUGGCAAGCACAGGCCAUCAAUCGACUACUUCAUCACUACAACUGGACGUACAUCGCUGUAGUCUAUUCAGCUGGCAACUACGGUGAGAAAGGUUUUGAGGCCCUCGACAGGAUUCUGAAUCAGAAGAAAUCCGCAGUUUGUGUAGCGUAUUCGGAAAAAAUCAAAAGUCUUGCCGAAGAUGUCGAAUAUAGAAAAGUGCUGAAGUCACUGUCGAGCCAAAAAUCGCGUCCACAGGUUGUUGUCUGCUUCUGCGAAGGCCUUACUAUCCGGAAUUUCUUUCAAGCUCAAAAGGAUCUCAUUAGCCGAAAUAAGAAUUUUAAGCGAUUCCAGUGGAUUGGAUCGGACGGAUGGGCUGACAGAAACGAUGUUGUUGAGGGUUUAGAAGACGAAGCAGAGGGAAGCUUCAGUAUUAGAAUUCACGCGCCAAAGGUUCCCGGAUUUCGUUCUUACUACUCACAACUGAAUCCUGAAAACAACACCAUAAAUCCGUGGUUUCGUGAAUUCUGGCAGCAGAAAUUCUCUUGUCAGUUCGCUGUAUCGAAGGAAGACAAGAACAACGAGAACAUUCGAAUAUGCACCGGUAUGGAGGACCUUAACAAGGAGUACAAAGAGGAUCCAAAGCUUUCACAAGUGAUUAAUUCAAUAAGUGUGGUGGCGUUCGGUUUGAAGGCAAUGUAUCAGGAUCGAUGUCGCAACAAUUCGACGCUAUGCACGGAAAUGUUAUCCAGGAACGGGACGCUGCUUUACCAGUACCUCCUCAACGUAACUUUCGAAGAUCGGUUCAAGCAGUUAAUAUAUUUUGACAGUAAUGGCGAUCCUCCGGCAUGGUACGACAUUCUUAACUACGUUGGUAAGCGGAAACCUGAUGAUCCAUACGCUGAGGUAGGCAGCUUCCAAUCGAACAACAUCAACGGUGUGGAGGAGCUGAAUAUGACCGACACCGAAAACAUAGUGUUCUUCGAUCAUUCAAACGUGCUUCCGGGAAGUGUUUGCAGCAAGCCAUGUGGUGUUGGUCAACGGCAACGAGAAACCAUUGCUUGUUGUUGGAUUUGCGAGACUUGUAUGGACCAUCAGAUCGUGAACUACACUACAAACCAGUGCCAGAAUUGUAGUAUAGGCUAUUGGCCUGACAGCACCAGAAGCAGUUGUCAUGAGUUGCCUCAUGAAACAUUAUCUUGGUCGUCGUUCGGCUCCAUCUUGGCAUUAAUUCUGGCUACUGCUGGUAUGAUUACGACUGCACUGACAACGAUUAUCUUCAUGCGACACAACAGUACGCCGGUUGUCAAGAGCACAACUAGAGAACUAAGCUACAUUAUACUAUCAGGGAUCAUGAUAUGUUACGGUGUAACGUUUUCGAUUUUGGCCAAGCCAUCAUCAGUGUCUUGUUUUUUGACCAGAAUUAUUCCUCCGAUUGCGUUCUCUAUAGUGUACUCUGCGCUUCUCACAAAAACUAAUCGUAUUGCUAGAAUUUUGGCCGGAAGUAAGAAACGGAUUCUUACGAAGAAACCUCGUUUUCUUAGCACAUUUUCACAGGUGGUUAUCACAUGGAUUCUUGUCGGAAUACAAUGUAUUAUCGUUGCUGUUGGUGUUUUUAAAGAAUGGCCAUCGGCUGGAUUCUCUGCUCACUAUUUGCCUUCACGACUGGUGCUUGUUUGUUCCACUUCUUCCGGAUCGUUUAUGACACCGUUCCUGUGGAAUUUGUUCUUAAUCUCGCUAUGUACACUUUAUGCGGUUAAAACUCGUAAUCUACCUGAAAACUUUAAUGAAGCGAAAUUCAUUGGAUUCACAAUGUAUUGUACCCUGGUUGUCUGGAUCGCGUUCAUCGUCUUGCAUAUGGGCACCGUGAACAAAGCGCUCACCAUGAGUUUCUCAUUCUCAUUGUCCACUUCUAUACCUCUUAUUUUGCUGUUCUUUCCUAAACUUUAUAUAAUCGUUCUUCAUCCGGAAAAGAACGUUCGAGCAUCAUACACGACGACAAAAUUGAUACGAUGUCAUUUUGGUAAUUCACAACAAACAUUGGAUAACAAACAUCUCUCUAGUAAAACAACAACACGAGCAUCUUUACAAUCAGCAUCUUUAAGGUAUAUGUUGAUUGUUUUCGAUCCGGUUGGAAAGAUGAUGAGGACGUUCUCUAUAGCGGGAAAAAGGAAAUCCGAGCCACUGGAUGAGGAUGUUGCGCGACUAGUUGAAGCUUACGAAUUCUGCUACACAGAGUAG